GCCAAUAAACCGGAAGCACGUUUUCAGAAAUGGCUGACAAUAACAAGGUGGACCAUGUGGAUGAUGAAAUGUUUGAUGAAGACGACGAAAUGGAAGAUAUCGAAGAGGAAGGGGAGGAUGAAGAAGGUGAAGAAAUGGGUGAAGAAUCAGGGGAACCUAAAGUUUAUCUUCCUGGAGACCCGAUAGCCGAAGGGGAGGAGUUGGUGUUCGAUGAAUCUGCCUAUGUUAUGUAUCAUCAAGCUCAAACUGGGGCACCCUGCUUGAGUUUUGACAUUCUACCAGACACACUUGGUGACAAGAGAGAGGAAUUUCCACUUACCUGUUAUGGAGUUUGUGGAACACAAAGUGCAAAGGGACAGCAAAAUCAUGUCAUUGUUUUAAAAAUGAGUAACUUAAAUCGUACCUCAAAACCCAAAUCUGAUGAAAAUGAGGAGGAGAGCGAUUCUGAGAGUGAUGAGGAUGAGGACAGCAAACCCGAGUUAGACACAGCUCUAGUUAAACACACAGGAUGUAUCAACAGAAUCCGGGCUACAAGCUUAGGAGAUAAGAAAAUAGCAGCAACAUGGUCUGAGAAAGGGAAGGUACACAUCUGGGAUCUGACACGCCCCCUGAAUGCCGUGAACGACUCCAACAUCAUGUCCACUUAUGUUAGGAAUGAGGAGUCACCUCCACCAAUAUUCACAUUUAAAGGACAUCAAGUGGAGGGAUUUGCUCUAGACUGGUCACCAACAACACCAGGUCGUCUGGCAACUGGAGACUGCAACAAAAAUAUUCAUCUCUGGACGUUGAAGGAUGGAGGAACCUGGCAUGUUGACCAGCGUCCAUACAAUGCCCACACUUCCUCUGUAGAGGACAUACAGUGGUCACCAAAUGAAGCCAAUGUGUUUGCCUCCUGUUCUGUGGAUAGAACUAUCAGGAUUUGGGACAUGCGGGCUGCCCCAUCUAAGGCUUGUAUGAUCACGGCCACAGAGGCCCACGACAGGGAUAUCAAUGUCAUUCACUGGAACAGGAAGGACCCCUUCAUAGCCUCGGGGGGAGACGAUGGGGUCAUCAAGAUCUGGGAUCUCAGGCAGUUCCAGAAAGGAAAACCGGCAGCCACCUUUAAGCACCACACGGCUCCCAUUACCUCUAUUGAGUGGAAUCCUAAUGACAAUUCUGUGUUUGCGGCCUCCGGCUCAGAUGAUCAGAUCUCCAUCUGGGACUUAGCUGUGGAAAAAGACAAUAGUGAACCCAGCUCUAAUAGUGGGGAGGAUCCAAAUGUUCCUCCUCAGUUACUAUUUAUACACCAGGGACAGACUGACAUUAAGGAGCUUCACUGGCACCCCCAGUUACCGGGGGUUGUUAUCAGCACCGCUCACAGUGGAUUCAAUGUGUUUAGAACUAUCAGUGUCUGAAAACUCAAUACUAGCUCUGCUUCACUCUGAAAGCUUCAUCUUUGUUGUCCAUUGUUAAGUUUUGUCAAUUCUUUUUUAAAAGCAAGUUCCCUUUUAUCAUAAUUUUGAAAAUGUGCCAUUGUUCUACUCUUAGUCAAAUAAUUUUUCUUGUAGAUGGCUAAAUUCUGAACAGAAAAGAACAAAGAAUAUUAAACCAGUAUGUUUCAUGAACAUGGUAUAAUUUGUGUGCAACGUUUUAAUGAUGCCUAGAUGAAAGCAUUUACAUAUGCAUGUAGAAUUAUAUGUAUAUAAUAGGGAUACCGAAGAAGACAAACUUUUAGCAACACCUUAUUUUUGCAAAUUAAAUGUACAUACCUGGUACAUGUACUUGGUAUUUAUUAGCCAAAUAAAGUUUUUGAAAUUGUUGUAUGUAAUCUAUAAUUACACAAAUAAUUAUACAAAAUUAAUAUACACAAGAAUGAAAUUUUUGCAAGCAGCAGAUUUUGCAAAAAUUCAAGUUCCCAUGAAGUAUUAAUAGAUUUACGGUAUCAAUCAAAGUAUUACUUGGGCCAUGUUUUUAUUACUUUGUAAAAAUAAUAAAAAUUUUACGAUGUGAUUUACAUUCAGAUAUACUUUGGUAAUGAAUGACUUCAUUUAAUGUAAGGCUAAACAGCAAUAAAUCUCUCAUGUUCAAUU